AUGUACGCUGCUGCUGCACUCUCUGUUGACGUUCUUCUUACAGUUGCGAUUGCUUUACUGGCAAGUAAUCCAGAUUUCUCGGAGUUACAUGCCAUCAUGGAUAAGCUGAGACCAGAAUAUGAUUUGCAAAGAUAUGGGAAUUAUAGCGGAUUUCCGAACGUCAAAAACAUAUACAUCAUGUACUUAAUUAUUGUGUUAUGCGGUAUUGCAAUAACGUCGUACAUUGUAAUGAUAGCAGUAGGGCUUAAGACGAGGAAUUUUCUCGCGGAAAAAGCGGAAGAUAUGUCUACGAAAAACCUUCAAGUGUUCAAGAUGAUGAUAAAGGUCCACCACGGUCACGGUUUUUAUAACACUUUGAUUACUUUUCUAAAACAGUAA